AUGGAAGUCGAUUAUGGAAUAAGCAGUUAUUUGGGUGACCGCAAAAUUAGAGUUCCAUGUGUUCUGAAGGAGCUUUAUUCAGACUUUAUUGUCCAGGAAAUUUCAGCAGACGAAACUGUUCUUCGGUUAGCCACAGCACCAGAAGUCCUUAACCACUUGAAGAAAGAGGAGGAGAAAGGCGUUGAUGACUCUGUCGCUGUCCCCUCUGCUAUCACGGCUGACCAAGUUUCAUUGCUUGAUGCCAUGAAUAAAGACUCGAAACCUAUCUUGUUAUGCACUGAAGGGCUCGGGAAAGACGAUAGAAAGUCUGUUCACGAAUUCCUAAGGUUACGAUAUCAAGGCAAGUUAGGCUCUGAAACCAAAGAGAAUGGGAUUGAAGUCAAUUACUGUGGCGUCAACAGUAAGACUAGGAAACGUAAACGGUGGGCAAAAGAUUGCCCAAAUCAUUGUUAUUUCACUCUGGCCAAAGAAAAUAAAGACACUAGCUAUGCUCUUGGUCUGUUGGCGAAGUUUCUUAAGCAUAACCCCACGAAUCUGAGGUGUUGCAGAUUUCCGGUGGAGUAUUCGUAUACGGGAUGGGAGACUAUGGAGAGAGGGGUGAUUCCGUCUACUUCUCCCUAA